UUUAUAUAUACAUUCAUUGUAAAUCACCGCAUUAAGUGAGAGAUAUCUACGAAGCAUAAACUCCUUAUAUCUACACAUCAAAACAAUGCAAUUUUUUCAGCAUCUCCUAUGUUGGAUGGCUAUAUCUAUGUCGGCAUCACAUUCGCCUUUGACGGAUCUGAAAUCCGAGGCGAACUCAAUAACUGUUGUGUGUUCAAACGAAUCAGUACGGGAAGACAUACACCAUCUAAAGCAGCAACUGAGUCAGGAAACUUUAAUACGAAUGUCCCUCGUCCAUCAGAUGUCUGCGUUUGUCAAUGAAUUGUUAACAGUGAAAAAAGAUAUGACCAGUGUUCUGGUGAAGAUGGAAGAAGUUGAAAAGAGUCACGCUGAUAUUCAGCUUGAAAACCAAAAAAUGCGCAUGGAAUUGGACAGAUAUGUCAAAAUGAACAAUACUGUCCGUGAAACAUCACACGAAAACACAAAGCUUCAUGCAGACCUUCGCUCAGCCGUAGAAGAAAUCUUAAUUCAUAACUAUACAACUGCAGAAUUCACGACCGAGGAACUUGCCAAGGUGCAAAAAGAUAUGUCCGAGACACUAGGCAAAAUACAAGAACUGGAAAACAAUGUUACUGAUCUUAGACUUGAAAAUCAACGAUUGCAAAGGGAGAUAGACGAAAAAAUAAUGGGACAUGAAAAGGAGGAUGAUACAAACCUACAAAUGAUUAAGGAAUUACAGAAAGAUUUCAGGAAUAUGACGUCAACUGUAGAGAGCUUACGACCUCAGAUGCUUCCUUCGUUUCACGCCCGACUUUCGCGCCCUGUGAGAAAGAUUGGCUUCUACCAAACUGUUAUCUUUGACUUUGAAGUUGUGGACACAACUAAUUCCUACGAUCCACGGUCUGGAAUCUUCACUGCGCCAAUAACUGGAACAUAUGUCUUCUUCUGGAAUAUAUUGUCCACUGAAGCCUCAGGAAUGGACACUACAUUGGAUUCCUCACAAGGAGCUUUAGGAUUUGGAUUUGUCAGCCAUGCUGUAAAUUUUGGAAAUGGGGGAAACUUGGUGAUAGCAAAUUUGACUUCUGGAACGCAUGUUUGGGUAAAGAAAGCCGACAGAUAUGGCAAUUACAUGCACGAGAGAUUUUCGACAUUUUCUGGUUAUCUUCUACAUGCAUCAGGUUAAUGUGAACUUUGUUCUGGUCAAUAAAGUUGUAAUGGAAAAAUA